GGACUGCAGGAUGACGGGGGCAUAUCUUCAGACUGAUAGCACAAGUAAUCAUUUUGCAAAAUGCUUAGAGGGUCCUGCACUCCCGUCGAAGGAAGCGGAGAGGUCGCCUUUGAAUCCUGAAACCGAAGCUAUGGCAGUGAACACAGCUCCUGAAUGUGACCCCCUUUUGGAAGUGAAUGAUAACAAGCAGCAAGUCGUGAUUGCGGAUACUGGGAUGACAGUUACAGAUUUCAGAGGCAGUUGGCAAGAUGAUAGUUCUGGUGCCAAAGCAGAAAAUAGCAGGCUUGGUAUGGAGACUGAGGUUGCCUGUGCCGCCGAUAGGAUUGGACAGCUUGUGGCUGGCAUGGAAGGAGAGCAAAGAACUUCCGAGCGAGCACCACGAGGAACUGAAACUCCAAGCCACAGCAGUGGAGAAACGGCUGAUUCGACCACCUUCUGUCAGGCAGAUGUUGCUUCAUGCACUCAGAAAGAAGGGGUUGGGAAAGAUGAAGCUAGUAGCUCUUCUGAACUGUGCGCCAACCCUGCAAAUUCCUGUGAGCUGGUUCCAGGCAAUCCUGUGGUGCCAACCCCUGCCCAAGAAGAGCCCCCUAAAAGCCCAGUGGAUGUGGAAACCAGUUGCAAGGUAGAUGGGUUUAGCCACAGCACUGAGGAAAUCCUUGCUGUGGCUUCUGCCUUGCUGGAAGAAAUGAUCCAAAAAGCCCAGCUGAUUGUUGCUAAGGAUGGCAACGCCACAGUGGCCCCUGCUGACCAGGAGGCGUCUCUGCACCUGGAGGCCCAUGCCCUACCUUUUUGUGGCAAGGGCACGGAGUCGGUGCAGGAUAAUUUAAUGGGCACACCCUCUGCGAUUCAUCAUGCAGAAUCUAAACAAAACCAGGAAGUUGCCGCAGAGGCAGCCACCCAGCUGACGGCAGUCAUCGGACAGGGAAGCCCUUUGCCCGACAAGCUGGGGACGCUCCUGCCUGCAGAUUGCCCGGAAGAAAACAAAGAGGGCAGCUCUUCCUUGCAAUUGCCUGCAACCAAACUGGGGCAAGAUCUGCCCGGCAAGGCGGAAUGUUUUUCUGAAGCCCUGACAUUGGAGCCUGUUGCACAAUCUCUUCUUUGUGAUCCAGGCGAGGAGCUCCGAGCGAGCGAUGGUAACACCGAGCCGGGAUUAAAGGUGGGAGCUUGCAUCCUGGAGGCGGAGGAGAAUGUGAACGCAGGUGCUGCCAGGGAUCGCUGGCAAGGACCUGUGCUGCCAGAGGGCACCUCCGUCUGUGCUGAUGGGGCUCCCAGUCCUCCUGCCUUCAUUUUGAGCCAAGAACCGGAGCCCGGCCCCAAUCUGCAGGCCGGCUCUACACCUUGUGGAAGUUUGUUUUUCAUGGAAGCUCCUCUGCUUAGCAGUGAGUUACCUGUGCUGGCUGAACUUCCUCAUGAUGGAGAGGAGGUGGGAAAUCUGUCCCCCAGGAUAUUGCUACAGCCCAUCGCGGAAGAGCCCCUGGGGGACUGCGACUCUGGCUCCGAGGGGCUCUUUUUGGCUGGUGAGGAUGAGCAGCUUCCUCUAGAUCUUGUGGCUCCGCCUGAUGAGAGCGAAAGGAAAGACGAUGCAGCCUCCCAGCUUUCGCCCUGUUCCCUUGUGGAAAAAGCGGGGACCGGAGAUUCUUCUCAAGCUGCGGAUGUUACAGUUGUUGAUAUGAUAGCAAAAAACCCCGAUCAGGCCAUAUCUCCACAUGAUUCCUUGGGAUCUGUUGCUGGAAACUCCAUGGAAACUUCCUCUCUAAUGAAAUCGAGGUCUGUUGACCAUCACAGGAUGGAUGCUGGCCCCAUCUGUGAUGGAGAAACGGAUUUAAGUUUGCAGUCUGGUGAAUCGAUGGCUUUCGAGUUGGAGGCUGUGAGACCCCUUCCUGGUACAGACUCUCUGGAGGUGACGCGGGAAGAAGAGAUGGGUUUUUUGCCAGGCCUCAUGGAGAAUGCGGCUUCGGAAGCAAUAAUUAAUCGGGACGGCUGGUGCCCCGUUGAACCUUCCCCAAAUCCUUCAUUGCUGGAGCCGAAGAGUGCUUGCAAUUCGUCAGAAAGCAGCCGUUUCCUAGAAGACGAACUAAGCGGGGAUUGCACCUUGACGCAAGAUCUCCUUAAAAGGGAAUCCGGGAGCAAGUCUGACUUUUCUCCUCUGCCAAAUGAUGGGAUGGAUGACAUCGACUUUGGAAAGCAUGAAGAGGAGCAAUCGGCUGGAGACAGUAUGAGUUCUGGUUCCUCCGCAGAUGAUACACUAUCCCUGGAAAGGAACUCUUCCCUAGGGAGUGACAUUUCGCUCCCUCAGGCCAUGAACCCCCACCAGCUGCCAGACCGGUACAGCCUUGAUGGCGGUACCUGCAAUGCAAGAAGUGGAGAAGGGCCCGACAGUGAAUUUGCCGUCUCCAGAGAGCUGGAGGAAGAGCUAGACAGUAUCACAGACGUGCCUCCUCCCUCUUCUGUCCUGAGGAACCCUAUGAGACCGUUGUCUCCUUUCCGCCGGCAUAGCUGGGGCCCAGGAAAGAAUGCCAGCAGUGAAGCAGAAGUCAACCACAGGAGUUCAAUGCGAGUGCUGGGAGAUAUUGCAAGGAAGCCCCCCACUCAUAGGAGAAGUCUGAGCUGGUGUCCCUCUGGGGUUCAGUGCAAUGCCAUGGGUGCUGACUUAAAUGGUCGAAGUUACAGCUUAGAAGGCCUUGCCGGGGAAGCAGACUGUAUUAAGAAGCCUGUGUCACAUCUUGAGAUGGCAUCGCUGAAUGCCAAAGACCUCCAGCAAAACCCCCUAGCCAAUGACGAGCGGGGAUCAUUGGUCUCUUUGACCGAAGAGGAACUGGAAUCGGAGCAAGGAGAAAUGGGAGGUUUUGACCUCCAGGGACGCAAAAGAUCCCAGCCACAUGCCUUCAGCUUCGGUGCACAUCCUGUGAUCUCCCCGCUGACCAAGUCUACAUCCUUAAUGGCCAUCACUCACACUGGACCAGACAGCAGCCGAUCUUUUUCUGGCAGUGGCAGCAAUUCGGUCCCUCAAAGCAUUUCUGAGGAGACCUGCAAUGCCCUGCCACCUAGUCCUUCCAGGAGAGACUUGGAAGCAAAAAGUGGAACAAAAGUGAGUCGGACCUUCAGCUACCUGAAGAAUAAAAUGUCCAGUGGUAAGAAGAGCAAAGAAAAAGAGAAAGACAAAGAAAAAUCCAAAGACAGAGAUUCCAGGGAAAAAGACAAGGACAAGAAAACCAUCAAUGGUCAUGCCUUCAGCGCAAUGCGAAUGGUGGGACCCAUAGACUGUUACCACUGCGCAAAGCCUUUUAACAAGGAUUCCCUUGUGUGCGCAAAUUGUGACAUCAUCAUCCACAAAGGCUGCACAGAGACUGUGGUAGCAUGUGGCAAAGCCAGACUGAGGAAAGGCGGCCUUCAGACUCAUGAUACGUCCUCAUUACCUACAGUAAUUAUGAGAAACAAGAAUUCUCAGCCAAAGGAGAGACCUCGGUCUGCCAUUCUGGCACCGGACGAGACUGCAGCUCCCCCCAUCUUCAACAGCCGGCGAUCCCAGCAGAACAUGUCUCUUUCCAAAAGUGUCUCCAUCCAGAACAUUGCAGGAGUUGGAAACGAUGAAUCUGUGCUGAACACUUGGAAGUUCCUUUCUCAGUCCACAGACUCUUUGAAUAAGAUCAACCGAGUGAAUGUAUCCAUGGAGUCAUUAACUGAUGAAGGUGCAGAUAUGAACGAAGACCAGCUCAUGGGAGAUUUUGAAAUGGACUCCAAACAACUGGAGGCAGAGUCCUGGAGUCUGGUGGUAGAUGUCAAGUUUGUGCGGCAGCAGAAACAGGACAUUGUAAAGCGGCAAGAUGUCAUUUAUGAACUGAUGCAAACAGAGAUGCAUCACGUCCGCACCUUGAAGAUCAUGAGCGACGUGUACAGUAGGGGAAUGGUGCAGGAGCUCCAGUUUGAGCAGCAGAUGGUGGAGAAGAUCUUUCCCUGCCUCGAGGACCUGCUGGUCAUUCAUAGCCAGUUCUUCCAGAGGAUUCUGGAGAGGAAGAAAGAGUCAUUUGUAGAUGGAAGCAACAAGAACUUUGUCAUCAAGAGAAUUGGAGACAUCCUGGUGCAUCAGUUUUCAGGUGAGAGCGCCGAGCGAAUGAAAAAGACCUACGGGAAGUUCUGCGGCCACCAGAACGAGGCGGUGAAUUACUUCAAAGACCUGUUGGCAAAAGAGAAACGGUUUCAGGCAUUCAUUAAGAAAAAAAUGAGCAGCUCAGUAGUGAGACGUCUGGGCAUCCCAGAGUGCAUCUUGCUAGUGACGCAGAGAAUCACCAAAUACCCAGUUCUACUGCAAAGAAUACUGCAGCAUACCAAAGAAAACAGCAAGGAACAGGAAGAUCUGGUGCAGUCGCUGAAUCUGGUGAAGGAAGUCAUCGUUGCAGUGAAUGGCAAAGUCAGCAAGUACGAGAAAAAGACGCGCUUGAACGAAAUCUACACCCGGACGGACAGCAAAUCCAUCAUGAGGAUGAAGAGCGGGCAGAUGUUCGCUCGGGAGGAUUUGAGGCGGAGGAAAUUUGUCCGGGACGGGCCGGUCUCUCUGAGGAAUGUAGCUGGGAGAUUGAAAGAAGUCCAGGCGGUUCUUCUCUCAGAUGUUCUUAUAUUCCUUCAGGAAAAGGACCAGAAAUAUGUAUUUGCAUCUCUGGAGCAGAAAUCCACUGUGGUCUCGCUAAAGAAGCUGAUUGUCCGAGAAGUAGCCCAUGAAGAGAAGGGCUUGUUUCUCAUCAGCAUGGGAGGAACAGACCCCGAGAUGGUGGAAGUUCACGCAAGCUCCAAGGAGGAGCGCAACAGCUGGAUCCACAUUAUCCAGGACACCAUUAACACGAUGGACAAAGAUGAGGACGAAGGUAUCCCUAGUGAAUCGGAAGAGGAAAAACGGGUGCUAGAUAUCAAAGCCAGGGAACUGAGAGAACAACUCCUGCAGAAGGAUCAGCAAAUCAUAACAUUGUUGGAGGAGAAGGAGAAGAUCUUCCGCUGCAUCACUGAUUGCACUGGCCACGAGGACAGCUCCGGGGCCAGAACAUUGUUCCGGGCCAACACAGAUGAGGCGCCCAAAGGAGAGAGCAUUAUGAAGAAUGUAAUCAGUGAAGUUGAGUUACUGCAAAGACUGGUGAGCAGCAGUUUGGGGAACACCUUUGGGCAGCAGAGAUGCAACCUUACUAUGGAGGAAGAGGCUGUUGGACCUGUCUCUCUCCCCAGGAGGGCAGAGACUUUUGGAGGAUUUGACAGCCACCAGAUGAAUGUAUGCAAAGGUGGAGACCGGGAUGAAGGAGACGAUGCCCUGGAUCUUCGGAGGACAGAGUCCGACAGUGUUUUGAAAAAGGGCGGAACAGUUAAUUUGAUGCUCAUACUGAAAAGGAACAAUGAACAAGUCCUUCAGAGUAUUACCCAGCUGCAUAGCUUACUUGGCACAUUGCAGGCCAUUGUCGUGCAACAAGACAGCUACAUUGAGGACCAGAAGCUGCUCCUGACCGAGCGGACCCUGAGCCGCUGCUCCGUCCGGCCCAACUCCCUGAUCGAGCAGGAGAAGCAACGUAGUCUGGAGAAGCAGCGGCAGGAGCUGGCCAACCUGCAGAAGCAGCAGGCUCAGCACCAGGAGGAGAAGCGGAAACAGGAGCGGAAGUGGGAGGCCCUGGAGAAGGAGCUGGCAGAAAGGGAAGCCCGGCUGGCCCAGCAGGAGGAGCAGGCUCUGAAAGCCCACCAGAGCCUGGAGAAGGAGCGCGAGGAGCUGCAGCAGAAGAAAGGCUCUUACCAGCUUGACCUGGAGCACCUCCGGGCAGCACAGAAGCAGCUGGAGAAAGAGAAGGAGCAGCUCAAGAGAGAAAUGGAACGGACGGCCCAGACGGAUCCCAGCCUCAGUCUGCUUUCCAACCAGCACGCCAAGAUGGCCCGGACGCCGUCUCUGCCCCUGUCUGAGGACUCAACCUCUAAGCAGCUGAGCUCUUCCCUCCCCAAACAUCUGGAGACGGGGAUCUCCAUCCCCCCCAAAAGGAGCAGCCUCUCAAGGUCUCACAAAGAAAAGAGUAGUUUCCACUUGCUCGGCCCGGUGGCCUCCAACCCAACCAACAAGCCAGCCGAGGGGCAGGGCCAGAUGUCCAACCGUCUCUUUGGCUUGACCAAAGGCAAGGACAAGAAGGAGAAGAAGAAGAAGGGCAAAGGGCACCGUUCCCAGCCCUCUGAAACCCACUCGCCAGAAGGAGCACCAGAGGGUGAGGAAAUCUUUUGCUGACCCCUCCCUCUCCAACUGCCUCCACCCCCGUUCGUCCUGCUUGGAUGACGCCACCUCUUCAUCUGCCUUCAGGGGUGUCUGCAGUUUUCUCAUGAACUACACUUGGGUUUUGGGACAUCAAAAACCCUUCCUGUUUCCAGCUUCCAACCUGCUUCCAGCCGCUAUAUCUGCCCAUUUCCCAACCAUGGUGACUUUUUUUAAAAAAGAAAGGUGCCAAAAGGAUAUCAGAACACGGGUCGCUGGGGGAAACUUCCGAACGUGGCUGGAUCGGGCGGGCUCCGUUCCAGCCACACACCUUCUGCUAAAAGCAUCUUCUCUGUAUGUCCCACCUUGCCGCCAAGUUGGACUUCAGUCUCUUCUAUCAUCUCCAAAGAUUGGGGAAAGAUUCCCUGAGACAGCCAAGCUGUUCUUCUCUUGGGCAACACCACCAAUCUCCCCCACAAAAAAACCCCAGCCCUAAUAAGCAAAAUAAUGGGGCUUUGUAAGCAGUGUCUUCAUGGAUAUAGAUAGAUAAAACUGUGUAUAUAAACUUAUAAAUAUAUAAAUAUAAAUAACUAGCAAAUUUGUACAGAAAAGAAGGAGGAGCUUAGCUCUUCCCCCAAAAUUUAAUUGAGAUCUGAAUUUCCCAGGACUGUGUCGAUUGAUAUACCUAUCUCUUUUCAGUCCAGUUGUUUUGUGCUCUAUCAUUAGUACAUUAGUGUUUUGGGAAUAUACUCGAGGCCAGGCAGCAGCAGAGUGGGUCAGAUCAUUAACAACAUGGCGGGGGCGCCUGGAGACAAUUUGCCCUGAUACGCCUCUGACUGUAAGUGAUUAUCCUAACUGGAUAAUCACCCUCAUGCCAUUUUGAAAAGGGCUAGAGAGGUGUGUUUGAACGUGGGGGGGGCAGCUAACUGGGGUGUGAGGUGAUGCUUCAGUAGAAGAAAGCCAGGCAGAAAGUAGUACUUUCACAAGCGGCACAGCUUUUUCCGAAUGAAGCUUAUGCAGUAGUGAAGCCACGGUGGCUGAAAAUUUGCCAACAACUGCAAUAUUUGGAACCCAGUUUGGCCAACUUCCCUUCACAAGUUUUUCUCUGAUGGCCCCGUGAGCACACACACACACACACACACUCCAACGGACUACGGCAGCAUCUUACUCUUCUGCCCGUGGCCCAUGUCUGCAAUUAUAGUUUGAACCCCUGGGGGAUUUCCAUCCCCCCCCCCCCCCGUAAUCUUCUCACCUUUCUCCUUUCUGCUGCUGCUCAAAAUGCCUUCAUGGGGGUUAUAGCCAGUGUCAGAGAGAGGAGAUAUCUUUGGAGCAAGAUGCGUGGCUAUGGAAGCUGUAAGCCAAACCUGAGAAUGCUGUUUGUUCUCUGUGGAGGAAAAAGGAAAUCAAUAGCGUACAUUUCACUUUGGUUCUCUUUUUAAACACACUUUUUAAACACACAUACACAACUGUAAGCAUUACAAGUUCCAGAUGACAAACUCUCUUUUCUGCAUGUCCUGGAGGUUGACACAGAAAUAAUUUACCAGUUUUGGGUUAACUUAUGAUUAAACUUAUGAUUUAAAUUCAACAGUGAUGGCAUCCACGUUUGUAUUCAAUCUUGGUCUGAACAGACCAGUGUAAUUAAUUGCAGGUGGCAUUGGAGCAUUUCAUGUUCCCGUGUUGUUUUGUUUUUUCAGCGGCUUGUACAGAGGUACCUGUUGCAUAUUUUGGGAGGAAUAUCGAGAUAUAAACAAUGUGCAUCAGUGUAUGUUAAAUUGUAAGUAUGUAUAAAGCUCAACUUGGGUUAUUGACUGUAAAAUUUUAAGGUGUUUCUCUCCCCCCCUUCCCUUGUAAUUUGCAAAACAUCUGAUUUUUGUAACUGGCUUUUAUUUAUCUGCCUUCGUGGUUACCAUUAGAAACAACCUCUUGUAAAGUCCAUUUUUCCUUCCUCCUUAAAAAAAAUAAAAUUUGAUUUUAAGACUAGC